AAAUGUCAUGAAAAGAGUAUCCUAAGUUUGGCUAUUACAUGAUGAUUUGCUUAUUUACAUAGACAAAUAUGCAUAUAUACAUAUAACAUAUACGACAAUAAAUGGUUUAAGACAUGAAGCUAGCCCUAAUUCUGUGAGUUGAACAGUAUGGAGAAGAUACUUGAACGCUAUGAGAGGUACUCUUACGCAGAGAGACAGCUUAUUGCACCUGAGUCCGACGUCAAUACGAACUGGUCGAUGGAUUAUAACAGGCUUAAGGCUAAGAUUGACCUUUUGGAGAGAAACCAGAGACACUAUCUUGGGGAAGACUUGCAAGCAAUGAGCUCUAAGGAGCUCCAGAAUCUGGAGCAGCAGCUUGACACAGCUCUUAAGCACAUCCGCUCUAGAAAGAACCAACUUAUGUACGACUCCAUCAAUGAGCUCCAAAGAAAGGAGAAGGCCAUACAGGAGCAAAACAGCAUGCUUUCCAAAGAGAUCAAGGAAAGGGAAAAGAUUCUUCGGGCACAACAAGAGCAAUGGGACCAGCAAAACCAUGGCCACAAUAUGCCUCCUCCUCCUCCCCCGCAGCAGCAUCAAAUCCAGCAUCCAUACAUGCUCUCUCAUCAGCCAUCUCCUUUUCUCAAUAUGGGUGGCCUGUAUCAAGAAGAAGAUUCAAUGGCAAUGAGGAGUAACGACCUUGAUCUGUCUCUUGAACCCGUUUACAACUGUAACCUUGGCUGCUUUGCCUCAUGAAACAAUUCCAUAUAUAUGGAUUUCUAUAAUCAACAAUGAUGAUACAAUCAAAUUUCUGUGUUCAUUAUGUGGCAAAACGUGUAAUAUAUUUUUAAGGUCGGAGAGAACGAAUGACGAAACUGGUUCAGUUGACCCCUUUUCAAACUUAUUAUCAUUAAUUUGCUUCUCGAUA